UGGUGGAUAUAAGACUUGCAGUGCCCAGCAAGAAGUAGGAGUUGACAAUUUAACCGCUUACUGAACACCUCAGAGAUACUUUACUAGUUCGAACUGUGAUCUUUUUAGUCAAUAAAAUCACUCAAGAUGCAGGCCAUCAAGUGUGUCGUAGUCGGAGACGGAGCUGUUGGUAAAACAUGUCUUCUGAUCAGUUAUACCACCAAUGCUUUCCCUGGAGAAUACAUUCCAACAGUGUUUGACAACUAUUCUGCCAAUGUGAUGGUAGAUGGAAAGCCUAUUAACCUUGGUCUAUGGGAUACAGCAGGUCAAGAAGAUUACGACAGGCUUCGACCUCUCUCCUACCCACAGACAGAUGUGUUCCUGAUAUGCUUCUCUCUCGUUAGUCCUGCCUCUUUUGAGAAUGUCAGAGCAAAAUGGUCCCCUGAAGUGAGCCAUCACUGCCCGAACACCCCCAUCAUCCUAGUCGGAACCAAACUUGAUCUCAGAGACGACAAGGAGACUGUCGAGAAACUCAAGGAGAAACGUCUUAACCCCAUCACCUACACUCAGGGCCUACAAAUGUUGAAAGAGAUCUCUGCUGUCAAGUAUCUGGAAUGUUCUGCACUGACACAGAAAGGCCUCAAGACUGUAUUCGAUGAGGCAAUUCGUGCUGUACUCACACCCACCAAGGCCCCUAGGAAGAAGAGAUCAGCGUGCAACGUCUUGUAAACUAAAAACACAUAAUUGUUUCUUGUAAUAUAGUAAUCGUAAUUUAUUAUUUACGGACAUACCCACUCACAGAUGCACAUAAAAUAAUUAUAGCUUUUAUUAAUUAUGAUGUUCAGAUGUGACUGUGCAUGCAUGAUGUAGAUAGUCAGACAUAGUAACUGUUAUGUUGAAUUUUAUGCUCUGAAGAUUUCCGUGUCGAUAUACAUUUUGUAUUUGUAUAUAUUCUAAUGAUUUUGUGUAUGACUUG